AGAGUUAACAGUCAUUACUGGAGUGCACAGGAGUACACACAUACUCCUGUAGGCACACAGUGCCUUCCGUCACGUUCGCAAAAGAAGGAAUGAAGCGCACCUGAUGUUUGGGCGUGCCUCGUGGAGGGUGAACCAAUGCGACGUGCGGGAGACUCCGCCCCUCCACGCCCUCGCCGCGGGCGCGUCGGCGCUACAGUGACACCUUCGUGCGUCGCACAGUUAGUGUUAUGAUCUCGUGGUGAACAGUCAUGGAGGCGGAAGACAACCAUCUCGCAGACGAGUAUGUUCAGGAGUUCGUACUCGACCAUCUCGAGGACGCAAACCCCGUGAAGAGGGAACCACCUGUCAUCAACCCGUGUAGUCCUCGGGCGCCGCAGCCAGCCGCCCCACAGAGGCUGCCUCCUUUGUCAUCUCUGCACCACCAUCAAAUUGUGGCGUCGUCGCCACCCCCACAUCAUCUGCUAACGCCUCCCGGCCACAAUGGAGAGGAUUUGCAGCAGGGCUACUCAAUACAGCAAUCCCUGCACCAUCUGCAUGGGGGAGGAGUGCUCAUGAGGAGUAACAAUAAUUUGGUUACCUUAGUAUCCAGUACUAGCCACAACAACCAUCCGGGUACACCGGGUACACCACCCGACACCCCGCCGGUGAGUUCAUCCCCGCCGCCAUAUCAACAGGACCCGCCUCAACAGCUCCCACAGCAGCAAAUUCCCGGAGGCGGCAUCAAGGGAUACACAGACAUGGAGAUGAUGUGGUCCAUCACGCAGUCUCUGCGGUACGGUGCUGGACACCAGGAACCACUGGAUCUAAGGCCGAGCAACGCCGGACCGGAGCCCGACAACUGUUGGGGCGUAACACCUCAGCAACCGCAGCAGCAGCAGCUGCACGCUACAGUGAUCGCUGGCGGUGGCGGCAAAUUGGUGCAGCUUCCAGCUCUACAUCACCACCAUCACCAUCAUCAUCAGAACGACUACAUGGGGGAGGAGAUGCAGACUCCUGUUAGCCCUCGCAUGGGCAUAAACCGCCCACUUAGUUGCGGUAGCAGUAGUGUCAUGUCACCCCUAAGCUCUGGGGGCGGCGGCCAGCACCUCGGGUACGGCCCUGUGGUUGGCGACGACAUCCUAAACGACGACGCUCUCAUGUCGCUGUCUGUGCGGGAACUUAACAAGCGGCUGCACGGGUUCCCACGGGAGGAGGUGGUGCGCCUGAAACAGAAGCGACGGACGCUGAAGAACAGGGGGUACGCGCAGAACUGUCGCAGCAAGCGUCUCCAGCAGCGACACGAGCUCGAGGUGACCAACAGGAAUCUGCAGGCGGAACUACACCGCCUCAAGUUACAGCUGAGCCGCGUGGCCCAGGAACGCGACGACUACAAGCAGCGGCUCGAUCUCAUGCGGGCCGGCGGCGGUUCCGACGGCGUCCACAGUUCCGUCAGCUCCUCCGGGCACAGCAACCCCAGCUCACCGGAGUUCUACCUGUGACCUCGUAGUGGCUGGAGCUGAACUGUGAACAAGCGCCUACGCGAGGGCGCAGGGACCCGUGUUUUGGCCCCCCAAUGUGGCGUUCCUUGCUGUAGCGCCUAUCCCGAAAACUUAUGAAGUGGAGCAUUUGAGGGACCUAUUUCUUGGAUUCAGAAUUGGUAAUAGUAGCAGAGCUGUAUUUCUCGACGGGAACUCUCAUUCAGUUGAAUCUACAUUGUGGUUUUGCGUGUUCGUUGGUCUAAGUUUCCGAGCGGCAAAGCUUCAGAAUGACUACACCAUGAGGUCUACGAGUAUUGCUGAAGUAGGACAAUCGAACUCUAAAAAGAAUCGAAAAGCAUUUUUCUAACGAAAACAAAGACUACAGUUUUUCAAACUUUUUAUCGUUUCCGGUAAGAUAUAAAUUUGUUAUGUGCGUAAUUGAUGAAAACGCUUUUUGAAUUAUUAAAUGUUACCAAAUAACUUUUAUUUGAAACACCUCAUAAAUUAGCACUUUUUUUUAACAAUACAAAUUAUUAUUUUCCGGUAUGCUUCAGUAGCAGAUUGUGAACAGCCUUUGAUUAGCCGUUAUGUUUUGACGUGAGUGAAUUUGAACAAGUCAGAUCAGUUCGAUUUUUAUUUUAAAUGGAUUCGUUGACUGCGAUCCCAAAGAAGUGACUUCUGUAACGCGUCACUGUUGCGAGGUGUAACUCCGAUAUAACUGAAUAGAGUAUGCUGAGAUGCAAAGACAAACAUUCAUAUGCGAAAAAGACAGUUUUGUUUCAGUGUGUUGCGUCGUAAUCUUUGGUGCAGAAGUUUUUGAGUCUCUUCCUAUCAGGAAAUUGCGUGUAAGAAGGGUGUAAAGCAUUGUUCGAUGUCUUAGAGUUGGGUUAUUGUUUUUGGGUUAUGGUAGGUUUAUGAUAGUGUUACCAUAGGGAUACCAAAUGCUGGUUUUCAUUGUUGCUGCUGUACUUAUGUUCCGGGGCGUUUUACGUCCUUGUUGCACGCACAGAGGGACGAUGAUGUAAUAAUAACACUUUGCAUAUCGGUCUAACCGCAGAGACGGUCUGUACAAAUAUUGUUCCCUAAUUCGCUCUCCCAGUGUACAAACUUCGUGAUUUCUUCAAGGAGAAUUGCGUGACUUUACGAGGGUGGGAGGAGGAGGAGGAGCGAGGUCAUGAGUUGUGUCAAACAGUAAUAACCAUUGUGUAAUAAGUCUUAUUUUUUUACGAAAACAAUAACUACAGAAUGUUUAGAAAGUUACUUUAGUUAUAUGGCUUAUUCAUUUUAAGCAGCAUAGGGUGUUCUAUAAUAAGAUUUAACUAAGAAGCCCGUGUUCUCAUUCCAUUUGUAGUAUGGCAAAAUCAGCGCUAGUUAAGUAGUGCAGUGAGCCAUUGCUGUGCAGUAUGUACCUGAUCUUACUACCUUAUUAUCAAAUACGAGGAACUAGAAAAGAUGCAUGCACAAAGCGCAAUAAGUAAAGUGAUAAUUGAUAUCGAUAUAGUUCUUAUAGGCUUAAUGCAGAUUUAUUAUUUUAAUCAUUUUAAUUUUUAUCGUUACAAGGUAGAGGAAACGUUGUCCGUCUCGGUCUCCUGACCUCCCUGUAACUAGAAUGCACGUUCUGAUAUAAAUAUUGCCCUGGGUAACAAUUUCUAAAUCGAGAAUAUAUAUUUCAGGUAUUGUAAAAGUUUUGAUAUUGAAUUUCAAAUGCUAUUUGAUGGGUGCCAGGUGACCGCAGUGACAACGUCAUCUCACCGCUGCAAUACGCAGAAAUUUGCCAAUGUAAAUAGCAUUAAAUAAAAGUGUUUGGCACAAAUUA